AAUUUUUUUUUCAUUGGAGAGGAUCCACUCCUGCCUCACCCCCUUCCCCCAACACCCCCUACCAAUUCGUGAAUCACUCUGAAGUCUGAAGUGAACUCUGAAGCAAAGUUAAAUCCCCAAAUCAAAACCCUAGGUUCUCCCUACAACGUUUCUGCCGCAGUGCUGCCGCCGUCCGUGCUGUCAGCGCCGUCCGUGGCCAAGCCCUCUCUUGUAGCUCGGCGUCUUCCUUCCCCCUGUCCUCCGUCCGUCCUCCGUUCUCUGUUUUAGGGGUUUGGAGCAGCUCGCCGUGCGCCGCUCGUCGUCGUCCGUGUCUCCGUCGAAGUAUAUUAAAGGCAAAAUUUCCAAGGCGUAGAGCGAAGAAAAUGGUCAAACAAUCAACUCAAUUGAAGGAACUUAAAACCCAAACGCAGCAACCUCAAUUCAAGGAGCUUGAAAUCGAAGUGGAGCGUCAAAUCAGUGCAAUUAGGGUGGUUCGUGAUGUUGAGAUCGAGAGAUUGUUGAUGGAACUUCGUUUGGUUCGGUCGUGUUUCAGUGAGGAACAGCUCCGGAAGCCAAUGCUGCAGGUCUUCGAAGAAACCUUACCGAAUCUCUCAAUUGUGAAAGAUGGUGGGAAUGGGAAAUUCGAUGUGAAGUGGAAAGAGAGAGGGAGCAGAAUGUCCACGACCUGUGGUGGUGUAGGAAGAGAUUUGCACGCUUCUCUGUUCCAGAUGCUUUCAAUUGCUUUUCCUUCGGAAUGUCCUUCUUCGGUUCCUCAGUUUGGUGGUUUUGAAUACUCUAGCAAUACUGGGAGAACAGGAUUUGUUGGUGAUGAAAAUCUUCAUUUUAAGGACUUUGACUUGAUGCGACAUAAAAUUGGGGUUUUUGAGGAGCCAUGUGAAGCUCAGACUCUCACAAGUCAAGAAGGUCUUCAGACUCCCAAUGUGAGUAGUCAGCGCUUGUCUGUUGGGAUGACACCCAAAACCCUUAGACUGCCGAAACCUGGCGAGAUGCUUCUCUCUGUCCAUGGAUCACCUCUUGGUGUUUACAAGGAAAAUAACAUGGAAGCUAUAUAUGAGUCAGAAGAAGGUUAAAUGCCUGCUAAAGCUAUUAUGCGCACUGACAGUACCAUCCUCUUCAUCUCCUUAGAGGAUGGCCAUGUAAAUUUGGUGGCCCCUAGUUCAUCAUUUUUCAUUUAAUGUUCUACAGUUUUAGAUGAAUGCCAUUGACCAUUCUACAAAGUUGCUUAUACCAUAUAGUUUCAAAUUCAGUGUUGGUUUAUACUUGGGGAAGCAUAAUUGUUAGAUUAUUACAUAUUUACAUUGAGGUUCAGUUAUUUAGUCAGUAAUGAGAAUUAUUCUCCUAAAUAUGUAUGUUAGGAUUGGUUUCAUUCUGUUAAGAGUAGUACAAACUACUUAAAAUGAGUAUGUAAGUGAUAGCUAUGAUUGAUUGUAUUGGUCAACCUCAUUUUAAAUUUAUGCUUAGAUUUUUCUCCCA